UGUAAGAAUCAAAUUAAAUUUCUGAUAUAUUGUUUUAUCGAAUUCAUUGGCUUGUAUGAAUUUAUGUGUUUUUGUGAAGACUUAUGCGACUGUUUAAAAAGAAGUUCGAAAAUUGCAUAUAAACAAACUUCACAAUUCAAAUAGCCAAUGGAUCUAUUUUCUUCCUUGUAGAACAACAUUUGUGCAUGAAAUUUUUAAGUGUGUAAAAUUGACAAGUAUUUAUUAUUUAUUCGGAGGAAAUGGCAGCACUGGAAACGCCAUGUACUUAUGAGUUUUCCAAAGGCUGUGGCACCGGUGUGGCAGAAGCGCUUGGAAACUGGGGCUUUUCUAACAGAACAUGUAGCGCCGGCCAAGAGUUACAACGUUUAAAGUGUCUCUUUGCAAAAAUGGAUUCUUUACGCAGCGAUAAACCGGUGAUGUGUGUUAAAUACGAUCGUAGAUAUGAUCCUGAAGCAUGGUAUGUUAAGCCUAGUCCCAGUGAAUGUAAACCAGCCUGGACAUUUCCUACAAAGAGGCCUCUGGUUACUUACUGUUCGACUGCUGUAAUUUUGAAAGCUUCCAAUAUGCUUGAGGUCGGAUCGGACUUAACGUUUCCCUCUCCUGGCCGCAGCUAUGUUCGACAGGGUACAUCUAAAUGGUAUCGUCGAGGUCCAGAGUGUUGUUAUCAACCUAGUUGUCUAGCCCCGCAAUGUCCUGUACGAUACUCUUGUGAAAGCUAACUUUUAAAAUUUGUAAUCGUAUAAUGGUUUGUAAUCGUACUUAAUGGCAAUGAUAACGUCAAACUAAAUAUUUAUUUCUGAUUUUUUUCUAGUAAUAAAAUGUAAUAUUUGCACAAUAUAUAUACAUAUAUAUACACAUUAAAUUCUGAAAUAUGUAAUUAAAAAAAAAAUCGCGGUGGAGGAAUCAAGGUAUAAGGACAAGUAACGAUAUAAUUGAGUUAACAAAAAUUAUAUCUGAGAGCAAUGAAGUCGUUUAAUUUUUUUCUUUUACUUUAACAAACACAGUGUUCCGAGCUUUUGCGCGUUGCGUGAGAACAAUUACAUUAUCGAAUGGUGAGGCAAGUGAUUUAACUGACCGUCACUGCAAUAUUUUCACUCUUUGAGCUGAUAUAUAUUGAUGAAUGGAGUAUCUCUAGAUACUAGCUAGCGUUACAACAAUGUACACUAAUUCGAAUUCCUUAAAUAGAAAUCGAUCUACACAA